AUGUCGAACGACACACUCGCCGAUCUUUUUCCGUACGUUUAUAAGCAUUUGGAUGAUCGAAUUCACAAGUACGAUUCCACUGGUUGGGAUGUGAUAUUCGAGCCAACCUAUACGUCGACGCAUCACUCGGAUCGCCUCAUUUUGGAAUGGUCCAUUGACACACUAUCAAUGGUCAUCGAUUUCUAUUUCUGCAUUUUUCUUUGGAAUCGAAAACAGCUAAUGAUCCUCUAUGCGGAUACUGUGACAUUUGUGACAUUUGCAAGUUUCUCUCUAUACCUGCCAUUUUACUUGCUGUCCACGUGGCAGACAAUGUACCUACUAGUCGGCAAGCCUCCCGAGUACUCGACGAUUCUACAUUGCACCGUCAUUCGGCACAUGGUGUUGGCGUGCUUUCAAUCAGCUCAGCUAAUUGUCAUGCCAGUCGCUGUCAACCAAAUCGCAAUGGUCAUCCGAAAGAAGGCGAUGGGAUUCAGCAAUAUGGUCUUCUUGCAGAUCGGAAUCACAUUUCUUGAGAUGACCCGAUUGCUCGGACAUAUAGCGAUGGGAGAUGUGAUGAUAAGCGAUAUGUGCACCAGAUGGAUCUUCUCGAAAACGGUAUUCCUAGCAUAUCUCAUAAUUAGUCAUUUAUUGCGAAUAUUCACAGUGCUCAUUUCCAUUUUCAAUGUGUUUUACUGGUUUCGUAAAGCUCAAGAUAACCGAUUGAAACGUCGCUCGAAGCACAAAUCGGUGGUGGUUUUGAUUCAAAGCCUAAUUCCUUUGCUUCUUCCCUUCCCACUAGUCAUCCGCCAGAUUUACGUGAUCAUCGAAGGCCAUCAAGUGAACAACUUUGUGUCCCAAUAUGGCUACAUGGCAAUCGACUGGAUUUCAGAUGAGCUUGUUGAUCACAUAUGCCCUUCAUUGAAUGCGUGCUUCGCUUAUUAUUACGCGGAGAAUGUCACCGAGACCGAUACGAAGUUGUUCACAUCGAAGGGUUGCUUAGAGCACGCUAUGGAGGAAUCCUAUGAAAAUGCGCCACCAUGCGAAACUGUUGAUUUUGAGAAGCUCGAUCUCAGCGAAGAGCAAAUGAUGUCGGGCUUCAAGUGUGUCUGCAAAAAACGAAUUUCGAUGUCAAUCGCCACCAACUACAAUUCGUUCAGCUUUUCCUCAUCGCAUUAG